AUGCCGGCCGCCAUCUGUCGCCCACCCGACCGCUGGAUGAUUCAACAGUGCAAUGGACGGUGUGGGCCAGCUGCUGCCCCGGACGAUCUGACCAUGCAUCCAACCUCGCUGAAACUCGACACCCAAAGACGUCUUUCCAACCACUCCCUCCCCGACUCGUACUCCGACGGUGCCAGCCCAGCCAAGCUCCGUCGACGAGCCUCGCAAGGUUCCCUCCGCACAAAACCCUCGCCCGUCUCCCGCUUCCUCUCCAAGGGCAGUGUCGCCGUGCAUUUCCCGGCCUGGGAACAACGUAGCGCUUCCCCAGGCUCGCCGCUGCGUGUGGAAUCGCGCACUCGCUCCACCGACUCUCGUCUGCGUCUGUCCACCACCGUGUCUCGCGGGCCGAGACCGCUGACGGCGCAUUCCCACUCCUCUUCGCCCUGGAACUCGCCGCCACCUUCCUUCCAGUCCGACUAUCCCUCCACGCUCCCGCUCACACCACCCGACGACGAUAGUAACGUUGCGUGGGAUCCGAAAUCUGAGAUGCUGCUGUUUGACGCUCAUACCCACCGCGAGCCGGGCUCGAGUGCCAUGAUGGACGAAGGUCCCGGCAUGGAUACGUCGCCGGCCACUGGUCCCUCAGACACGCUGAGCAGUCCAUCAGAUGGGUUGUCUCAUGGCUCCUCCAGCUCGGGAGGCAGUCCGGGCCCCCACGAUGAGAUGGAUUGUCAGCAGGACGUUGGAUCCUGGCUGGAUCAGGGUAUCAACGUGACUGUCUCCUCCCUCGGGAUAUCUAACCCGCGAGGUGAGGCCGUAAAGAUAGUCUCGCAGACCCUCCCAUAUCCCCGGACUUCGGACCAGUCGAUAUCGUUGCCGAGGAAUGAUAGCAUCUUCUGCUCCAUUGUCCAGGCGGUCCACAACCACCUUCAACCCGGCCACUCUCCAUAUAUCAAUGUCACCCAUGCAGUGCCCGAACAGUUUAGCCUGUCCAACCUGCCGCACUCGCCUCCCAGUACGCCGCGGUCUCCCACGGCCGCCGACGAAUAUUUCAAUGCCACCGUUUUCUCUAGUGCCGCCGUUGUGGGCGCUUACCAUGAUUUCCGUGGUCCUCUGCAGCGACAGCUGUCUCACGCCCCGAUGCCUAUUGUCCCUCCGCACAGCGUUCACAUCUCCGUGUUAGAGCGAUACCUUCCCCCGCCCUCUGCACAGGAAUAUAGAGAUCUGUUCUGUCGCACCCGCCCUUCUUUCCUUGUCGACCGACUCUGCGAGUUGUCUCCGAAUGGAGGCUCGCUGCUCUUCAUCUACCCCACCAAGAAGGGUGCUUCCACCUUCAAGUCCCAAUAUUUGGGACCAAUCCUCGACCCGCUGUUGCGACAACUCGUCGUGGUCAACGGGCUCUCCGCUGACGUCGGUCGCUAUCUGGGUAAGCUGUCGACAGUCUCCCAGAUGGAUGACUUUGCCACAAUGAAGGCGAACAUUGUCACUCUGUGUGAGUCCCUGAGCUCGCCCUCCUCGCAGUUCGAAGUGGCCGACGCCGGCAAAGCGAACGCCGACCUGGAUCGCAACCUUUGGGUCGAGUGGUUCCUUCACCAGGAGAAGGCCCGGAUGAAGGAAGUCCUCAGCCUGUACUGGCAAAAUGGUCGUCGUCCGCCCGUCAAGACUGGUGGCUCCGGAGGCAUGAUGGCCGACAAGGAAGUCACCUCGGCCAUGCUCCUCAGUGAAAUUUUCGAGGGAAUCCGGAAACGACCCUACGGCGACGACAAUCCUCGCGACGGUGUCGAGCUGGGCGUGUUCGUAAUCCGACGAACCCACUGA